CAAAAUAUUAUACUCGGUCUCAUGUGUCCUGUCUGCCUAAUUUUUCUGUGAAGGCAUCGGACACAUAACUUUGACCUAAAAUACUAGUGCCGCUGUCAGCUUUUCAGAACUUUUCAAAAGCUUUGGUCACUUGUCAUCUCUAAUGGUGCGAGUCAUUGUGUUUCCACUGCUGAUACUUCUAUUCGAUGUAGUCUCGUCGCACUUCAUCGUUGCGACUCUUCCUGGCUUCGAUGGACAGCUUCCAUUUACACUCGAAACUGGUUACAUUGGUGUUGGAGAAGAGGAAAAAGUGCAGCUAUUUUAUUUCUUUGUAGAAUCUGAGAGAGACCCAAAAAAUGAUCCUCUCAUGCUUUGGCUCACCGGAGGUCCUGGUUGCUCCGGUCUCUCUUCCUUUGUAUAUGAGAAUGGCCCUUUAACCUUUGAUUAUGAAAAUUCUAGUGGUGAUUUCCCUAAAUUGGAGUUGAACUCACAUUCUUGGACCAAGGUGGCCAACAUAAUAUUUAUAGAUCAACCUGCUGGCACAGGGUACUCAUAUGGAAAGACUUCAGAAGCUUAUAACUGCAAUGAUACCCUCUCUGUAACUCUAACUUAUGAGUUCCUUAGAAAGUGGCUUAUGGAUCAUCCUGAGUAUCUCAAGAAUCCACUAUAUGUUAGUGGUGAUUCCUACUCAGGCAUUUUUGUUGCACUGCUUACUCGCAAAAUAUACGAUGGUAUUGAAGUUGGUGACAAGCCUCAAGUGAAUAUCAAAGGAUAUAUACAAGGCAAUGCUCUAACAGAUAGAUUCAUCGACUUCAAUGGUAGAGUCAAAUAUGCUAAUCGUAUGGGACUUAUUUCAGAUAAGAUCUAUCAGUCCGCUAAAGCAAAUUGCAAUGGGAAUUUCAUUGACGUUGAUCCAAAUAACUUAUUAUGUCUAAAUGAUCUUCAGAAAGUAACAAGGUGUCUCAAGAACAUACGACCGGCACAUAUUUUAGAACCUUGGUGCGACCUUCCAUUUUUAAUGAGCAUUCUCCAAGAAACUCCUACAAAUGCCCAGUCAGUUUUUCCAAUUGCAGGACCAUGGUGUCGAGAAAAAAAUUACAUAUACUCGUAUAUUUGGGCAAAUGAUAAAGCUGUCCAGAAAGCGCUAAAUGUUCGUGAGGGUACAGUAUUGGAGUGGGUGAGAUGCAAUGAAAGCAUGCAUUACAGAGGUAUGAAGAGAACCGAUUCUUAUGUGUAUGAUGUCCAAAGUACCAUUGAUGAUCAUCGGCAUCUCACCAGCAAAUCCUGCCGAGCUCUAAUUUAUAGUGGUGACCAUGACAUGGUUGUUUCUCAUUUGACUACGGAAGAAUGGAUAGACACUUUGAAACUGCCAAUUGCAGAUGAUUGGGAGCCUUGGUUUGUUGACAGUCAAGUUGCAGGAUACAAGGUGAAGUAUUUACAAAAUGAUUAUGAGCUGACAUAUGCAACUGUUAAGGGUGCAGGUCAUACAGCUCCUGAAUACAAGCCGGAACAAUGCCUGCCCAUGGUUGAUAGGUGGUUUUCCGGCUACCCUCUUUAAUUUCACCCUUGCAAGACAUUAAUGUACUCAUUUAUUUCUCUUUGAUUGACAUAAGUUGCUUCUUUGUGCAACAUGAUUCGAGGUUGACGCUAUUUAUAUUUGUUUGUACUUUGUUGUAUGAGAAGUUGGAGAAAGGAAGUACUUGUCGAAUUUUUUGUUUUUUUUACGAAUCAUACCCAUGGCACUCGUAUUUAAUAUACGAGAAGAAUUAUUUCCCCUGAA